AUGGACGAAGACGACGGAUUACUUUUAAACUUCGCCGUCGAUAGUGGAGCACCAGCCAAGAAGGCUCGGGGAUCGGUUAAGGUCACGGGUGGCCGGUGGAAGGAUCGGAGAAAAAUGCAGCUUACAAUGCUGGGAAGGGGUAGAAAUGAGAAGAAGCUGCACACUCGUACUUCGGGUGUCAACAGCAUUGAAGUCCCAAAUGCUCGUACAAAGAGAACCACGGCCGACCCGAGAGAAGCAAACGGUAGUGGAACGGCUCCUGACCAUCUUCAGGCCCAGCAUGAAGAGCGGAUCAAACGAAUUAAGUUUUCAGAAGGAAAGGGCGAGUUUGGAGGAAAGAAUAACUCGUAUGUGUCUUCAUUGUUUACUUCCAACACCAAAAGUUCGGUCUUAGAGGAGUCCAAGAAAGACGAGGAGAAGGAGGACGUGACUUACUUGCCUUCCAAUGCUCCGUUGAAAGAUGCCACUACUUUUGAAGGGUUGGGAUUGAAUCCGAAGUUGGUUAGUCAUUUAACAGAAACCUUGAGGUUUAAGAACCCUACAAAGGUCCAGAGGUCUACAAUCCCGAGCUUACUAUUCGCCAAGAGUGACUUGUUCAUCAAGGCCCAAACAGGGUCGGGAAAAACCCUUGCGUUCUUGUUACCGAUUUUCCAUAAAUUGAUGCAAGAAGACAAGCAUAAGAUCACCCGAGAACUGGGGGUAUUUGCGAUGAUUUUGGCUCCUACCAGAGAAUUGGCCACCCAGAUCUACAGUGUUCUUGAGACCUUGAGCAGAUGUCACCACCAAAUUGUGCCUGGAAUUGUGAUUGGUGGUGAAAAGAAAAAGUCUGAAAAGGCUCGUCUUAGAAAAGGAGUAAACAUUUUGGUGGGGACGCCAGGACGGUUGGCCGAUCACAUUGAAAACACCCAGGUGUUAAAUUUGAGUCAGUUGAGAUGGCUUAUAUUGGACGAGGGUGACAGACUUGUGGAAUUGGGAUUCGAGGAAACCAUCAGCAAGAUCACCAACCAGAUUACCAAAACCAGCGAAAUCCACCACACCGCCCCCAAGUGGCAGGGAUUGCCCACAAAGAGAGUCAAUGUCUUGUGUUCGGCCACCAUGCAAGAGAAUGUCGAGAAACUAGGAAGUAUUUUACUUGAUAAUCCCGAGAUGAUCACAGUAGACAGUAAGAGAGCCAUUGAGGGAACGGUUAUUUUCAACGACGACGACGUGGAAGAAACAGAGACUGAAGACACCAGCCAGAACAUGACUGCUCCUGACCAGUUGACCCAGAAUGUGCUUAUAGUGCCUCCAAAAUUGAGACUUGUGACGUUGAAUGCGAUGUUUAAGAACUUUACCCACGACAGGCAGGUGGACCAUUUGAGAACGAUGGUGUUUUUCACCUGCUCUGAUUCGGUCAACUACCACUUCGAUGUGUUCACUAGAGGAGGAAAACCUCUUCUGAAACACAAAGAGGGUUCGGAAGAUGACGCAGAAGAGUUUGAAUAUAGUAUUGCAACUGCUCCAUUGAUCAGCAGUGACACCGCAGUUUUCAAAUUGCAUGGUUCUAUGACCCAACAAGAAAGAACAUCGACUUUACAAGGGUUUGUCAAAGACAGCUCAGUGUAUAAACACUCGAUUUUAUUCUGUACAGAUGUGGCAUCUCGUGGGUUGGACUUGCCCAAUAUCUCCGAGGUGGUGGAAUACGAUCCCCCAUUUUCCAUUGAAGACCAUUUGCACAGAAUCGGAAGAUCAGCCAGAGUUGGUAACGAGGGUAGUGCCAGUAUAUUCUUGUUACCUGGGAUUGAAGAAACCUAUAUUGACGCCAAACUCUCGAUUGUUCACCCCAAAGGAAGUUUGAAAAUCGAAGGGUACGAGAAGCUCUUGAAGAAAGCGUACAGUGAACCCGACUCAGCAAAAGGUCGGGGAAAAUGGGACAUCCAUGCCACUACUUGGCACUUGAAUAUUGAGAGAUGGAUUCUUGAAGAUCUGGGGGUUCACGACAAGGCUACCUUGGCCUUCACCUCUCAUAUCAGAGCUUAUGCUACUCACUUGUCUUCGGAAAGAAACUUUUUUAAUGUCAAGGAAUUGCAUUUGGGACAUUUGGCAAAGGCUUUCGGGUUGCGAGAGAAUCCCAAGAAGCUAGGAAGAAGCUUUGGCAAUAACCAGUCAAAAGAUAGUGGAGACAAAUCCAAACGAACCAGAAAGCUCGAUCCACGGCAGAAAAUGCUUCAUAUGGCCCGGAUGGCUGUCAAGGCCAGUAGCAGUGAAUUCAAUUAUUAA